AGGUUUUAUUAUAAAAAGAGAUUCAAGCUACCCUCUUCCCUCUCCACUUCCAACCCCCCAGUUUCUAGUUUUCAGCAAAGCCCCGGCUUGUGUUUUAACUCGCUCUUUUUUUUCUCCGAUACUCUAUCUCUACUUCGCAAUGCGCUGCUCUCUGAGGUGCCUCACCCGCGUUGCCGUGCUCGGCGCCAACGGCGGUAUCGGCCAGCCUUUGUCUCUGCUGAUGAAGAACAACAAGUACGUGACGGAGCUGAAGUUGUACGACGUGAAGGGCGCCCCGGGCGUGGCGGCGGAUCUCUCGCACAUCAACACCGACGCCAAGGUCACCGGCUACGCCGUGGAGGACCUCGCCAAGGCGGUGGCGGAUGUCGACCUCGUCCUCAUCCCGGCAGGUGUCCCGCGAAAGCCUGGCAUGACCCGCGAUGACCUCUUCAACACGAACGCCGGCAUCGUGCGCGACCUCGCCACGGCGGUUGGCAAGGCGUCGCCGAAGGCGGUGAUUGGCAUCAUCAGCAACCCGGUGAACAGCACCGUCCCGGUCGCCGCGGAGGCACUGAAGAAGGUCGGCUGCUACGACCCGCGCAAGGUUUUUGGCAUCACCACCCUGGACCACGUCCGCGCCCGCACCUUUGUCGGCGCCGCCAUCGGUAAGAGCCCGACGACGCUGUCCAUCCCAGUCAUCGGCGGCCAUAGCGGGGAGACGAUUGUGCCGCUGCUCGCCGAGUUCACGCAGCUGUCGGAGGAGCAGGUGCAGCAGCUCACCCACCGCAUUCAGUUCGGCGGUGAUGAGGUGGUGAAGGCGAAGGCGGGGGCGGGGUCGGCGACGCUGUCGAUGGCCUUCGCUGGCAACGAGUGGGCCACGUCGAUGAUGCGCGCUCUCAACGGCGAGAAGAACAUUGUCGAGUGCACCUACGUGGAGAGCACGGUGGAGCCGUCGUGCGCCUUCUUCAGCUCGCCGGUGGAGCUGGGCAAGGAUGGUGUGGCGAAGAUCCACCCGGUGCCAAAGCUGAACGCCUUUGAGCAGAAGCUCUUGGCGAAAUGCGUGGAGGGCCUGCAGGGCAACAUCAAGAAGGGUGUGGCGUUCGGUAGCAAGUAA